GUUCAUAUUGUAACAAGACAAAAAGGAAACACAUCCUUGCAUUGUUUGGUAGCAUCUUUGUUGCUUGCUAAACAUCACUCAUAUAUAAGUCUUGUUUAUCACAAAAAGAACCAACAGUCUCAAUUUCAGUCUUUGUUGGAGUCACGAACAGUCUAGUAAAAUGUCAAGGAUGUUCAUCUUUAUGUUGUUGUUGCUGUGUUUAAUAGUUACCAUUGAUGAAGGAGAAGGAUCUUAUUGUAUGGCUGAUUGUACUGGAUAUAAACAUGAACCAUCACUGUAUCUGAGAGUAUGCUGUAUCAUUAGUAACUUAGGCCAGACUGUUACCAUUAGAGGAAUCGGUAAAACAAGAUAUAUUCUUUGUCCUAAAGUACAACCAAAGUCUUGUCCAAAAGAUGAUUGUAAGAGCUUGUUUGAGGAUGGUAUUACUACUAGUGGUGUUUAUACUGUUAAUCCUGAUGGAGGGACUCCAUUUGAAGUAUACUGUGAUAUGGAGACUGAUGGUGGUGGAUGGACUGUAUUUCAGAGGAGACAAGAUGGAUCUGUUGAUUUCUAUAGGAACUGGACUGACUAUGAGAAUGGAUUUGGUAACCUUACUGGUGAGUUUUGGUUAGGAUUGAGCAAGAUUCAUCGUCUUACUAAAGAAGGAUCAAACACACUAAGAGUGGACCUGGGAGACUUUGAGAGGAACACAGCUUAUGCUAACUACUCUACAUUCAGUGUUAGUGAUGGUAGUACUGAAUAUAUACUAACAGUAGGAGCAUACUCUGGUACUGCUGGGGAUAGUCUGACCUAUCAUAAUGGAAGCAGAUUCAGUACAAGAGAUAAUGAUAAUGAUAACCAUGGAGUAGUCAACUGUGCUCAGUUCUGCACUGGUGCCUGGUGGUACAAUGAAUGCCAAAAUUCAAAUCUUAAUGGUUAUUAUUUUAAUACUCCAAUGAUUAGUUUUAAAGGAGUCCGAUGGUAUUACAAUUUGAGCGGCACCAGUCUCAAGUUCACAGAGAUGAAAACUCAUCGUAACAAUUAA